AUGGAUUUCGAACCAGUUUUUUGUCUUUUAUGUUUUAAGCGUGAAAAUCCCGUCAAUGCGAUAAGCUGUGACGAGAAACCGAAAGUUGUUACUGUUUUGUGCCGCCAAUUUUGGUUUUCCCCGGAAGAAAUCCAACAAAAGUACGUGUGUGGCAUCUGCUGGACGUAUGUAGCAGAUUUCAACAAUUUCUACGAGCAAAUUAAAAUGAUACACUACGCUGCUGAGCAACAAGAAAUAGUGCUGGAGGAGGAUUCAAAACAUUUCGGAGAUAAUGAGUUGAACGGAACGAUACUUUUGUUAGAAGAAGAAUCAUCUUCUUCUUCUUUGAAGAAGUUGGAAGACAAACUAGUUGUAGAUAAAUGCGACGAACCUGAUCCUUUGGUGAAUCGAACAAACGUAGAAACGAUUGUUAUUGAACCAAUCGAUGUUAAGGACACAUUCAGUGACGGUCCUACCCGUACCAAUGCUGAAUGCGCAAACAUAUUCAAAGGAAACUCCCGUAAAAGGGGGAAAACAGAUGGGAAACGAAAAUUGAUUGUAAAUGCAACAACACAGCAAACGGAAGAUUAUCCUUGCGAUGAGUGCAAUUAUGUACUGCCAACAAAAAAUAUGCUACAUGAACACCGGAAACAACAUACUACAUCACAACAACACACUUGUGCAGAAUGUGGGAAAUCGUUUUGUACUGCACGGCUUCUGCAACAACAUCACAAACGAGAUCAUGGGCCGGGAUUAAUGUGCGACAUAUGUUCAAAAUGGUUUAAAACUGGGGAUGGUUUGCGUAAUCACCAGAAAAACUGCCACUACCCGCAAGGCACAGAACGCGUGGAAUGUUCAAUAUGCAAAAGAUGGCUGAAAAACAUCGGAAGCCUGAACAAGCAUAUGAUCAGACACAAGACAAGCGGUAAACCCAAUAUAUGUGAGAUCUGUGGCAAGGUGGCCCCCACCUAUACGGCACUGAAAAGUCACAAAUUGUUUGUACAUGAGAUGGAACGAACUUUCCGUUGUCUAGUUUGUAAAAAAGCUUUCAAACGAGCAUUUACCUUGAAGGAACACAUGACAAUACACACCGGUAGCUCACUGUACAAUUGUCCACACUGCACAAGAACUUUCAAUUCCUCGGCCAAUUUACACGCGCACAGGAAAAAGAAGCAUCCGAAAGAGUGGGAGAAAAGCCGCAAUGAAUAUGAAAAGCGUUUUAUGGGAAAAUAAUAGUUGGUUUCUGGUUUGAGACACUACACAUGUUUGUCUUCAAGGACUUGGUGUACCAUUUCUAAUCGGUCGCUGGGUUCGUGAAGGAUUUUACGGUAGAUGGAGUAGACUGCCCCGGCGAGUUUAAGCUACCAAAAAAAGCAGCUAGGAACGAAAGACUACGUAAAAUUUGAGGGGACGGGAGGUUCUUAAAAAAGCCAAUUAUGGAGCCUCACGGACCCUGAUUAGCCAUUGCGCGGUAUAAUCGAUCCUGCUAUCCAGAUGGGAAGUGGGAAAAUUGAUAAUAAGCUUUAAUGUA